CCGUCUCAUCCUCCUUAGCAGGUACCAGCAGGAGAGGCUGUUACCCAGGCACCAGUGCUCACUCCUGUCUGUCUCUCUCGCCAUCCCUGCUCUGUCUCUUACCUUCUACUGUGCCAUCUCUUCCCCCCCAUCUCUCUCUCGCUCUCGCCUUCCUCUCUGCUCUCCCUCCCCCUCUCACUAGAAUCCUCCUCCCUCCCGUCUCCUCACCUGGGUGUGUGCUCUCAGCUGUCUCGGCUGUCUCAGCUGCGGGUAUAGGAUGUCACGGAUAGAAUGAUGGGGAGGAUGCACGGCACGCUGUGAGGAAGGCCCAGAGCAUGGGGACCCAGGCAAGUGGAUCGGAAAGGAACAGCCCCUGAGCAGCAUGGAGCCCAGACAUGGAGCAGACUUGCCCAGCAGCGACAUGGGCAGGGAACGGGCACCAUCUCUACCCGGGGCACAGGGCACGGGGGCAAGAACAAGCCAACAGCUCUCACUUGCGAGUCCCAGGCACAAACCUUCAGCAGCCCCCCCUGACCCGACAGUGAGGUCCAACCAGAACCCUCUGGGACCUGUUCAGCACCAUCAUCCUUCAGAUGAGUCACGUGACCCUACAGUGAGGUCCAUUCAGGACUCUCCUGCCCCAAACCAACACCAUUCUUCUUCAGCGAGGUCCAUUCAGAACCCUCCUGCCCCAGACCAACACCAUUCUUCUUCAGCGAGGUCCAUUCAGAACCCUCCUGCCCCAGACCAACACCAUUCUUCUUCAGCGAGAUCCAUUCAGAACCCUCCUGCCCCAGACCAACACCAUUCUUCUUCAGCGAGGUCCAUUCAGAACCCUCCUGCCCCAGACCAACACCAUUCUUCUUCAGCGAGAUCCAUUCAGAACCCUCCUGCCCCAGACCAACACCAUUCUUCUUCAGCGAGAUCCAUUCAGAACCCUCCUGCCCCAGACCAACACCAUUCUUCUUCAGCGAGAUCCAUUCAGAACCCUCCUGCCCCAGACCAACACCAUUCUUCUUCAGCGAGAUCCAUUCAGAACCCUCCUGCCCCAGACCAACACCAUUCUUCUUCACUGAGAUCCAUUCAGAACCCUCCUGCCCCAGACCAACACCAUUCUUCUUCAGCGAGAUCCAUUCAGAACCCUCCUGCCCCAGACCAACACCAUUCUUCUUCACUGAGAUCCAUUCAGAACCCUCCUGCCCCAGACCAACACCAUUCUUCUUCAGCGAGAACCAUUCAGAAUCCUCCUGCCCCAGACCAACACCAUUCUUCUUCAGUGAGAACCAUUCAGAACCCUCCUGCCCCAGACCAACACCAUUCUUCUUCAGCGAGAUCCAUUCAGAACCCUUCUGCCCCAGACCAACACCAUUCAUCUUCAGUGAGAUCCAUUCAGAACCCUCCUGCCCCAGACCAACACCAUUCUUCUUCAGCGCGAUCCAUUCAGAACGCUCCUGCCCCAGACCAACACCAUUCUUCUUCAGUGAGAUCCAUUCAGAACCCUCCUGCCCCAGACCAACACCAUUCUUCUUCAGCGAGAUCCAUUCAGAACCCUCCUGCCCCAGACCAACACCAUUCUUCUUCAGCGAGAUCCAUUCAGAACUCUCCAGAUUUGGCACCCAACCAACACCCUCACUCCUCGGCACCCAGCAAGGAAAACUCAUCCAAUGAGAAGAUCCUUCCUGAAGUAGGGGCCACUGGUCAACAAGCCAUGGUCCCUGGACCUCCUCAGCAGGCAGCAUGUAGGCAGCACCUACCUUCUGGACAAAACCAGCCUCUGACCAAUGGAAACAGCCAGCCUGCUGCCCCAGUACCUGCUCAGCCUAUUACUCCAAGACUCUGCCAGCCUGCUGCCCCUGGGGUUAGGCAGCCCUUGGCCCUAGACAUUAAUCAGCCUUAUGACCGGCCACAUGGCAACUUACCCAUCAAAGGGGCAAAGCAGCUCUCAGCACCUUCUCCAGAACUGAACCCAGCUCCUGUCCCAGGGAAUAUCCAGCUUUUCGCUCCUGCCCCCCAGAAUAGUGAAGCUCUGGCUUUAGGACCUACUCAGUCUUUUGCUUUACAUGAAAGUCAGCCACCAGCCUAUGAAAUCAGUCAACAUGUUGCCCCAAAAUCUAUUGGAUACAACCAUCCUUAUACCCCAGGGUAUGAUCGGUCUUCUGCCCAAGUGUCUGGCCAGACUUAUACUCAAGGACUCAGGAAAACUGCCCAGGGACUAGACCAAGAAGCCAACCAGCCUUCUCCUGCCCAAGAAGCCAACCAGCCUUCUCCUGCCCAAGAAGCCAACCAGCCUUCUUUCAAAAGACUCAGUCCAUCUCUCACCCAAGAACUUAGCCAGCCUACUGCUCAAGUACCCAGUCAGCAUACUGUCCAAGUACCCAGCCAUUCUCCUGCCCAAGUACCCAGCCAUUCUCCUGCCCAAGUACCCAGCCAUUCUCCUGCCCAAGUACCCAGCCAUUCUCCUGCCCAAGUACCCAGCCAUUCUCCUGCCCAAGUAUCCAGUCAGUUUUCUACCCAAGGACUCAACCAAUCUCCUGUCCAAAUAUCGAGGAAGGCUUCCGCCCAAGGACUCAACCAGCAUUCUGCCCCUUUAUCCAGCUUGCCUUCCGAUCAAAUGCCCAGUUGGCCCCAUGCUUCUGUCCAUGGACUCAGCCAACCUUCUCCCCAUGGCCCCUCUCAGUUUUGUGCUCAAGGACCCAGUCCCUCUUCUGAGGGGUCAAUCCAGGCUCCUGUGCAACUGCUCAACCAGCCUCCUGUUCAGGGGCUGAGCCAGUGUCCCAGUCAAGUACCCAGCCAUUCUCCUGCCCAAGUAGCCAGCCAUUCUCCUUCCCAAGUACCCAGCCAUUCUCCUGCCCAAGUACCCAGCCAUUCUCCUGCCCAAGUACCCAGCCAUUCUCCUGCCCAAGUACCAAGCCAUUGUGCUUUGGAAGGCCCCAAACCAUCCCCUGUCCCAGGCGCCAACCAGCCAAUUUACCCAAGCGUCAUAAAGUCUCCUACUCAAGCACCCAAUCAUCAGCCCAAUACUCAUGGGAACAGCCAGUCUCCUGCUCUAGAAUCUAUUCAGUCUCCUGCUCUAGUACCCAGCAAGUCUUCUGCUCUAGCAUCUAGCCAGUCUAAUGCUCUAGUACCCAGCCAGUCUUCUGCUUUAGUACCUAGUCAGUCUUCUGCUCUAGCAUCCAGAAAGUCUCCUGCUCUAGUACCUAGCCAGUCUCCUGCUCUAUCAUCCAACCAGUCUCUUGUUCUAGUACCCAGCCAGUCUCCUGCUCUAGUACCCACCCAAUAUUCUGCACUAGGAUCCAGCCAGUCUCCUGCUCUAGCACCCAGCCAGUCUCCUACUGUAGCAUGUAGCCAGUCUCCUGCUCUAGUACCUAGCCAGUCUCCUGCUCUAGUACCUAGCCAGUCUCCUGCUCUAGCACCCAGCCAGUCUCCUACUGUAGCAUGUAGCCAGUCUCCUGCUCUAGCACCCUGCCAGUCUCCUUCUGUAGUACCCAGCCAAUCUUCUGCUCUGGCAUCUAGCCAAUCUCCUGCUCUAGCACCCAGCCAAUCUCCUGCUCUAGCACCCAGCCAAUCUCCUGCUCUAGUACCCACCCAGCCUGCUGCUGUAAUAUCUAGUGAGUCUCCUGCCCAAGGCCCCAGUCAAUCUCCUUUUCAAGGUUCCUGCCACGUUCCUACCCAAGGAUCCAUCCAGUCUCCUGCCCAGGAACCAAGCCAGUCUCCUGCUAAAGUACCCAGUCAGUGCCCUCUCCAUGUGCCCAGUCAGUGCCCUGUGCGAGUUCCCACUCAGGCUACUGCCCAAGAUUCCUGCCCAUUGACUGCCCAAGCACCCAGUCAAUCUCCUGCCCAAAUAUCCAGCCACUCCCCUGCCCAAAUAUCCAGCCAAUCACCUGCCCAGGAACUCAGUUCCCUCAUCCCUAAACUAGAGGGCUCGGAACAGACUGAGGUGGGGGACCCAGGAGGCUUCAUUCAGCGCCAGUUUGGGGCCCUCCUGCAGCCGGCAGUGAACAAGUUCUCUCUGCGCAUGUUUGGAAGCCAUAAGGCUGUAGAGAUUGAACAGCAAAGGGUUAAAUCAGCCGGAUCUUGGAUUAUUCACCCUUACAGCGACUUCAGGUUCUACUGGGACCUGAUCAUGCUUCUCCUCAUGGUGGCCAACCUGAUUAUCCUUCCUGUGGGAAUCACCUUUUUCAAGGAUGAGAACACCCCUCCGUGGAUCGUGUUCAACGUUCUGUCGGACACUUUCUUCCUGGCUGACCUGGUGCUGAAUUUCCGUACUGGGAUAGUGGUGGAGGACAACACAGAGAUUAUUUUGGACCCUCACACCAUCAAGAUGAAGUAUCUCAAGAGCUGGUUUCUGGUGGAUUUCGUGUCCUCUAUCCCAGUGGAUUAUAUUUUUCUCAUAGUGGAUUUAGAGACAAAUGUAGACACAGAGGUUUACAAGACGGCUCGAGCCCUACGGAUCGUGAGGUUCACUAAGAUUCUCAGCCUCCUUAGACUCCUGCGUCUUUCUCGGCUGAUUCGCUACAUCCACCAGUGGGAGGAGAUCUUCCACAUGACGUACGACCUGGCCAGCGCGGUGGUGCGGAUCUUCAACCUGAUUGGAAUGAUGCUCUUGCUGUGCCACUGGGACGGUUGCCUGCAGUUCCUGGUGCCGAUGCUGCAGGAUUUCCCAGAGGACUGUUGGGUCUCCAUCAACCACAUGGCAAAUGAGUCCUGGGGAAAGCAAUACUCUCAUGCUAUAUUCAAGGCCAUGAGUCACAUGCUGUGCAUUGGGUAUGGCCAACAGGCGCCCGAAGGAAUGACCGACGUUUGGCUCACCAUGCUCAGUAUGAUCGUUGGGGCAACAUGCUACGCCAUGUUUAUCGGCCAUGCCACAGCGCUCAUACAAUCUCUGGAUUCUUCUCGACGGCAGUACCAGGAGAAGUACAAACAAGUGGAGCAGUACAUGUCCUUCCAUAAGCUCCCCCCCGACACGCGGCAGAGGAUCCAUGAGUAUUACGAGCAUCGCUACCAGGGGAAGAUGUUUGAUGAGGAAAACAUCCUGGGGGAGCUGAGUGAACCCCUGAAAGAAGAGAUUGUCAACUUCAACUGCCGGAACCUUGUUGCAAACAUGCCCCUCUUCGCCAACGCAGACCCCAAUUUUGUGACGGCCAUGUUAACCAAGCUGCGCUUCGAGGUCUUCCAGCCUGGGGAUUACAUCAUACGUGAGGGCACUGUGGGUAAAAAGAUGUAUUUCAUACAACAUGGAGUGGUCAGCAUUCUCACCAGGGGCAGCAAAGAGACCAAACUAUCUGACGGCUCCUACUUUGGAGAGAUCUGCCUACUGACGCGGGGGCGCCGGACGGCGAGUGUGAGAGCAGACACCUACUGCCGCUUGUACUCGCUCUCUGUGGAUAAUUUCAACGAGGUCCUAGAGGAAUAUCCCAUGAUGAGGCGCGCUUUCGAAACCGUGGCCAUGGAUCGCCUAGACAGGAUCGGCAAGAAGAACUCCAUCCUUUUACGUAAGAGGGCAGAGAACAGCUCGGGAUCAGUGAACAACGAGAUCAUUCAGCAGAUAGUGAAGCACGACCGGGACACGGCUCACAAUAUCCAGGAUAUUCAGUGCUUGGCGGCCACACGGGACCCCAACAAGCCUUUUAUUUGGGAGCCUCUUGUUCACGCUCCACUACAAACCGCAGCCGCCACCACCAACGUGGCCAUCGCUCUGACUCACCAACAGAACCUUCAAGCCAAUGUGUUUUUGCCACCAUUGUCGCUCCCAGAGACAGCCUACGUGAGUCGCCAAGCCAGGCGGUCUCAGCCCAGCCUACGAGGGUCCCAUCCCUCCUCUGUCAGUUCUCCAUCAGGCACUCAGUCUCACCUGCAAACCCCACUUGGAAUUUCUCCAUCUUCCCCUUCUGGGGUCCAGAAACAGAGCAUCAAUGGUCAGUGUCCUCAAAUUCCCAUACGGCUGAGCCAAUCACAGAGAGGGGAACCCCAAACUGCGGCCAAGCCACCUAUUCUCCCAUCGCAGGUGCAGUUGUCUCGUUCACGGGGAACGUCGGCAUCCACCUCGGUUCUGCAGCAGGGCAUGGGGCCCGCCGGCUCCCCUGUGGUCCCAGGAUCACUUUCUGGUAGGACUCUGCACUACAGCUUAUCUAGAGCCAGCGGCUCCCACAUUUCCCUGCUGAUGCAGCAGGCAGCCAGUUCCCCCCAGCAGUUGGUGAAAUACAGGAGCAUACAGGGACUUCCUAUUGGAAGACUUUCACAAGAUGUCCGACUCAUGUCAGCUUCUCAGCCUUCUUUGCCCAACAAGGUCACCCACCAGCAGGAUGGUUCUAUGCUCCAGAUUGCCAGUAAUAAAUCCUCCCCCACUGUAUCGGCAAUGUUAGUCAGGCCAUCCUUGCCAUCGCCCUCAGCUCACCCACAGCAGCAGCCUUCAGGGCCCCUGGUCUUUUCUGGACGACCAGUCAGUGGCUCAGCUACUCCACAGUCCCCUGUAUCUGCCCCAAGGCCGGCUGGGCAAUCACGCAAGGGCUCUGUCGUGUUUAGCUCAGAUGUGGAAGUCAAUAAACCAAAAUUACCAUCCAAUAUGUGAGAUGAGACCCGAACCAGGCAGGAAAUAAAAUCAGGUGUAUUCCCGUGUAGGACCUAACCUAAACAUUCCCUAUCUCGAAGCAGGAAAUUCUACAUACGGACACAACCAGAGGUGGCGUGGGUCGUGGUUUCAUACUAUAGGUGCUUAUGGGAAUGGCACCAUGGUGUCCACCCCAAGCAAACCCAUUGGGUCUAGUUCUGCAGGUUCAGGAGUGCAUCUUAUUAUAAUCUGAUGUCCGUUGUGUUUCUGGAGGUUGAAAUUCCAAUGGAAGAGUAACCAAAGAUGGCCUACAAUGUCUUCUAACCCAACCACAGCACAAAGGAGCACUAGCUGGGAGGCACCGAGUAUAAGACAACCAGCAAAGAUAAAGCUCUUUGGAAUGGAGAGGUUUCCCAAGGGAUGAGAUCAAACCAAUGUACGUUAAUUACACCAUUAUGUCUAGUAGCAAAAAGACCUUCUGUCCAAUAAAUGAUAAGGUUGGAACCCCAGGAGAGGGUGCGGAAAGGAAGAUCCAGGAUUGGCCGCCAGUACCAUCACGCAAUCAGUGGAGGAACCAUUAGUCAUGAAUGGCUGGCAGUACCAGCACUAUAGAGAGGCUGUAAGAGCCGUAGCCUGGGAGACGUAAGCAAAACAAUCACAAAUGGCUGUAGAACCACCACUCUAUUGGCCACUGUGGCCGUCUAUCAAGCACGCUGGUAGAGUCAUCUUGCAGAAGUGGUUGGGAGAACCAUUAGCCAGAAGAGGGGAGGGGCAAGGGCUGAGCUACUAAAAGUAAUUUGUGCCAAGAUGGAUUUAUAAUACCAAGUCGGAUGAGAUGGAUAUUCCCAAUAGUGUACCCUUACCCUAUCCACCACCGAGCCUUCCUUGGGUGCAGCCGGUAUUCCUCUGAUAGCGGAGAUAUUUCUGUUAUAAAUUAAUUGUUCUGAUUAGUGAUUUUCCUUGAUCAUUUUGUGCAAUAAACAAACAGAUAGAGAAUGAGCAACAAGUAGCGAAGACACCCAACCCAACCCAACCUCUCCAUAUCAUACAGUCCAAACGGCUCUUGUGAUGUCUUCCUGGGGCUCCUAUUUCCAAGGAAGGAUUGGGAUAGGCUGGCCCUCUCACCUGUAACUCCCCGCCAAGCACUAUCCACUCCCAGAUUUGCCCCCUGUGCAGGUCCCCUACCCAUAGGCCCCCUCUGUACCCCCUGCUCUUGCCCACACCGUCCUUCUCAUCACCAAGUCCCCGCCCCACAGUACACACAAUCUGGGGGAGCUUUCUGGCUUUCCUGUGUUGAGUUCUCUGUCCUAAGCGUCUUGAUUUCCAAAAGGAGCAUUUGAAUCAAAAUGUUCUUCAGUCAAACUCCUAUUCCUCUAGAGGUUCCACCAGGAAUCCUACGUUGGCUUUCUUUGCACCCCCAGACUCUGCUUGGUCUCCCCAUGAACUUUCAGUUCCUUUUUCCUUGAUGACAACAUUGUCUUGGGUCUCCCAACUCCUACCCAGCUUACACCAUUCCCGCCUAUGCCUCUAUGUUCGCUUCCAGGUUCUCCUUGAGCUUUCCUGGCUGGACUCUCUUCAUGUUGGCCUUGUGGGCCAGAGAGUCGUUGGUUUUUCAUGAGUCCUUCCAUUCUUACAAUUGCAGGUCUCGCCAUGCCUGGAGCCACACUCCAUGAAAGCGCAUCAGAAUAUAGUCAGCUUCCAGACGAGGCGGCCUCUCCUCACUCCAUCAAACAUUCAGCCUACCAGAGACCUUCUAUGGUGGCAACAUAAACCUCUCCUUGACUAGGCGUCAUUAAACCCCUCUAAACCCAAGCCCCUCUCCCUAUACUCAGAGCCAACAUAUGGACGGUUGGAUAAAGAACGUCCCAAGCUGAGAAUCCAUACUGGGAGCAAGGCACAAAGUCAGCACGGGAAUGGAAUCUGCACAGAGGGGGGGGGGGGGAUCUGUAAUAGUAGCUUCCACAUUGGUCGUAGCUGUUACUAUGGAAAUGAGAACCCCACCUUCUCAUUAGGUAAAUGCUAUAGUAUUUAUCAGUAUUAUGACACAGGGGGUGGAUAUAACCCUAGAGUGCUAGUCUCACAUACCCGGGGUGACUCCCCAGGGGCAUUAUUCCUUAACUGCUUUACUAUAUACCCCCCCCCAGACUGACUACUAAACUGCACCCCAUCAAACCAGCAACAUGAAACCCACUUUGCACAUUAUAAAGACCCCCUAGUCAUACUGCCCAGUUUAACCCAAAUGGUGCCAUUCUCCGAUAGGUACAGUCUGGUCCAGUUACUGGUGGUACCACAGAACACAGCGCCUCCUGGUACUGAGCCAGAGAGCUGACAUCCCGCACUAACAUAACAGAGAGCUUGGGAGCUCCCACUAGCAUUAGAGCAAAAGCUCCAGGGCUCCAUAUUGUGGGAAUGGGAGGAAGGGGGUAACAGAAUGCUGCAGGGGAGGCAGCGAGUUAUACAUAGGGGGGUGCAGGGCUGGCAGUGUACUCUGUAGGGUAGAGAGAAAGUAGACAAAUUGCAGGAACAUCAACUUUUCUUUUUAUAACUUGUGAUGUAAAUAUAAUUAGUCUGAGCCUAAAUGUGUAAAUAAAGAGAAGUUGAACAGUG